AUGAGUGCACCAGCAACAAAUCAAACUAUUCAGCCGAAUUCAAAUGAAUCGGUCACUGAUAUUCAAAUGCUGCUUCCAAAAUGUCUCGGAACGGUUGGAACAGAUGCGAAAAGUGUUGAACUCCGUGUGGCUUUCGACGCCCCAACUUCUCAGCAAGUUUCUGUAAUUUUGGAUCAUAAUUAUCAACAUGUUUCAGAACUACAUUUCAAUAUUCACUUGUUUGGGAAGAUGCAAGACAUGGAGCUGAGGAAAAAAAUGAUGUUGGCAUUAAAAGCGAAAAAAUUCAAUAGAUAUAUAGGAGUUAAUCGAGAGAAAAAGAAUGAGACAGCGUCAGGGGAGAAUCUCGAUAACCAAGACCAGGGAUUACCAUUUCCUCCAGAUCUUCGAACUCAUUCUCAACAAAGGUAA